AUGGCGUUCAAUGAAGAUGCAAGAUCCUACGGUCAUCUUUCUUCUACAGCUGCCGACGAUGCUGAGUUCAGAAGCUUGAAUUCUGGCGCCCGAUUUUGCGCGGGCAGUGUAGAUAAAAAACGCGGAAGUUUCAAAUAUUUCGAGUUUUUAACAAGACGGAGCGACUACUCUAAGUUCGUGAAAUGGUGUAACCUUGGUGCUCUCCGCCCUGCAGAAGGCCAGAAUCACCAAGGAGGUAUUGCUGAUUUGGACGAUAUUUAUAAGAUUCCAGUAUUCAGAGGUGACGGAAAAUGGUCCUGGAAUGACUGGUGGACUACUUUCCAAAUGACGAUCGUUGACUGUCAAGUGUCGGUUGAAAAACUACAAUCGCUUCUUCUACAAAAGCUUGGAGGAUCUGCCAAAAGGUGUAUUCUGAUUGCGGGAUUGAGCAAUGCACCCUACGAAGAAAUUGUGGAAGAAAUGGAAGCCCAGUACGGAGAGGAGCCAGUUUCAAAAAACAUGAGACAAUGUUUAGCUGCAUUGGAUCGAACUGUGCAAAGAGACACAGAAGCCGUUUCCCACUUCGCAAACCGAAUUAAACGUGCUGCGGAGUUGUACACGAGAGGGAUGAUUCACAAGGAAAGCAUAUUGAAAAUCAUGAUUAAGGAAGACGGUUCUAAAAUUUUGGUGCCGAAUCCAUCAUACCGAAACGAGUGUUGGGCAAUGCAGGGCGGUUUGAGCAUGAUGGACCAACUACUGCUUUUUCACUUCAUGCGUGGACUUCGUUUCUCAAUUGUAGAUAAAUUUAUGAAAAUUCCGGAAGGUUUUAGCAUCGCAGUAAAGGAAGCCGAACAAGUCGAGGAGAUGAACGAUCUGAGAAUCAACCGUACAAGGGAAGAGCAGCGAAGAGCAGUGGUCUGUUGGAUGUGCUACAAAACAGGUCACGUGGCGAAAAAUUGCUUGGAAGCAAAUACCAAGUCCUCGGGGAACGAUUACAUUUUCGACAAAAAUGAAUUCGAUGAACUGAAGGGGGAUCUGCAAAUCAUUGGGCCGAAGAAAAGUAUGAAGUUCGCAUUCCAAUUCUCGAACCUCAUUGGAACGGUUUACCAAGGAGGCAACGUCGACUUCACUCCCGAUGGCAAUGUGUUGGUUUCUCCUGUUGGAAACAAAUUGUGGUGUUUCAACUUGAAAAAUGAUACCGCGGAAGAGUUGCCAAUUGAGGUGACGAAUAAUUUCAAGUUCAUUUCCGUUUCGCCGAAAGGCCGCUUACUGAUCGCUGUCACAGAAGAUGGAACGGCCUUACUUGUGGACCUGGUUGCACGACGGAUUCUGCUCACUCAAAAAUUCUCCAAGACGAUGAAAGCUGUGAAGUUCAGUCCCGACGGAAAGCUGAUCGGUUUCGCCAAGGACAACGGAGUUUCAAUUUAUCGAGCGCCAACAGUCACGAACCAAAAAUGUUCCUUCUUGGGUUUACGAAGAUGUUUCAAUGGGUGCUACGCACCUGUGACGUGCUUGGAUUGGUCUUUUGAUUCUCGCUUCGUUUGUAUCGGAUCGCAAGAUGGCCGUAUUUGCGUGCUAUCCAUUUCUCGUUGCGAGCAGUUUUACAUACAACGCAUUCCCAGCCAUACCGUGGCUGUUGAGGCCUGCUUCUUUGCCAGAGAUUCUCUGGAUUUGUAUUCCAUCGCCAAGAAUGGGCAGAUCUGUGUUUGGGAAUGUUCUGUGGCUGCCGCUGACGUUGCUUUUGAUUACGAAAAUGCUGAGGAUGUGUUUGAAGAACACAAGGCUACUGGGAGCAAAGCGGCAGGAAUGGAACCUGAAAAAGUUGUUUCUGAAAAAUUGUCGGGAUAUCUGUACGAGAGGACGAAGAAAUGUUUCCUGAAAGACCCAAGGAUAGAUGCCGACGGAAAACCGAUUCACGACUCGGUGUUGACCGCCGUGGCGUUUCAUCCCGGUACAAGAACGUUGGUCACUGGAUUUUCAACUAAAGACUUCUUUGCGCACAAGAUGCCAGAAGUCGAACUUGUCCAGUCCCUCGACGUCACAGACUCUAAUGUAUCGACAGCCGCAUUUAGUGUCUCUGGAGACAGUUUGGCGAUGGGAAGCAAAGAUUGUGGCCAGCUGUUCGUCUGGAAAUGGAAGCGAUUUGAUACAACUACGGAAUCGACAGACUGGAUGUCACAGAUGCAGAAAAUCAUGACGUUGGAGCCGAAAGAACAGGCGCAAUACGUCCAAGUCUUGCUACAGGCUCUCAGAGACGAAAAAAUGACGUUGGAAGCAGAAAAUGGGGAUGCUCGAAAUCCCCCGAGAACUGCCCAGAAAAUCGCAAUCACUUCUCGCAUCGCCAAAAUUAAUCAACUGGAAGAACACUGGGAAAAAAUAUCGACCACGAUACAAAACAAUAUCAAAAAGAUCGAAGAGACCAUCAGUGAAAACAAUGGAACAUUGCCCCAGACAAUCGAUCCCCAAUUAUCAGCCAACGAAGAAGCUGGUCAAAGGAAUUAUGAGAUGAUAAGCUAUUUGCUUGAAAAUAUCCCAGUAUUUGAAGGUAAUGGAGAGCUGAAGUGGUAUGAUUGGUGGAUUGUGUUCGAGAUCACGGCCAAAGGCUGUUAUCUAUCAGAAAGAAUGAAGCGAAGAUUUUUGCUUGCCAACCUAAGAGGACCUGCCUUGAUGCAUAUUGCAGUUAGAGAUCUGAUGGGAGCACCAUACGAAGACAUUGUAGAAGCCCUGGAUGACGAGUUUGGAGAGACGGUUGCUUCGGGUCUUGAUGUACUAGAAGAAAUAGAACAAGGAGAUACAGAGUUGGUGCGUGACUAUGGAACUCGUGUCAGACGUGCUGGGCUUUCGAUGAUUCUUCAGAAGACCAGUAAAUUGAAGUCCCAGCUGAAGAAAGAUGGCUAUUCACAUUAUUCCCCCGAAGCUUUGUCUAUGGUGAAGAAAAUUCAAGAGAAAGCCCGUCAGAAUUUGGUUUACGAGAUGCUGUUGAUUUACUUCCUGAGAGGGCUCAGGCACUCUCUUCGCCACAAGAUGAUUUACAAUAAGUACGAUGAUUUUGAAAGUGCUUUCCAAGUCGCUAGAGAAUUGGAAGCUUUUGAAAACGCGUUUCAAUGGAGAAGGGCUAUGAUUUCCUCUGAAUGGGAUCAUGUGGUCUGUGGGAAGUGCGACGAACGGGGCCACACUGCAAGCAAUUGCCGAAAGGGCAAUGAACAAAGGCGAAUCGUGAAACGUCAACCGAAGAUGAAGUUUUCCUUCAGGUUCUCAAACCUUCUCGGAACGGUUUACCAGGGAGGCAAUGUUGACUUUACACCUGACGGCAAUGUGAUAGUUUCACCUGUCGGGAACAGAUUAUCAUGUUUCGACUUGAAGAAUCAUUCCGCGGAAACGUUGCCUGUUGAGGCUCAGUAUAACUUUAGCUGCCUUUCUGUUUCGCCGAAGGGCCGAUUGCUGAUCGGAGUUAGUGAAGAUGGAAUCGCCUUACUGAUCGACCUUGUUGCAAGACGGCUUCUGCACACUCACAAGUUCUUCUCGCAAGUGAAAGCUGUAAAGUUCAGCCCUGAUGGAAAACUCAUCGCUUUUGCCAAAGACAACGGGGUAUUGAUCUAUAGAGCACCAUCAGUAUCCUACAGAGAAUAUUCUCCGUUUGGCUUGCAAAGAUCUUUUCUGGGUUGCUAUGCAACUGCGACAUGCUUGGAUUGGUCUUACGAUUCCCGUUUUGUUUGUGUCGGAGCGGAAGAUGGCCGAAUUUGCGUGCUGUCGAUUGUUCGGUGUGAACAGUUUUACACUCAACACAUCCCUAGCCAUGCUGUGGCCGUCGAGGGAUGCUUUUUUGCAAAGGAUUCCCUGGAUGUGUAUUCCGUAGCCACGAACGGGCAUCUCUGUGUUUGGGAAUGUUCCGUUGCUCCCGAAGACAUAAGUUUUGAAGAAACGACAAAAGGUUUUGAAAAGAAAGAAGAGAAUGAAGUGGUUGAAGAGAAAAAAUCCGAUACGUUGGAAGAAGAUGAAGUGACGGCAACUGAAGAACGGGAGGUGGAAACUGAAAGAAUUGUAAUCGAAAAAUUGCCGAAGCAUUUGUACAAACGGACAGGGAAACAUUAUUUGAAAGACCUGGUGAAGAAUGCGGAAGGGAAACUCAUACACAAUUCAGUGUUGACCGCUGUGGCGUUUCACCCCAAGACACGAAUGUUGGUGACUGGGUUCUCAACUGGUGACUUCUUUUUGCACGAGAUGCCAGAAGCGAACCUGGUUCAUUCCCUCAACAUCACAGACUCUCAUAUAACCACAGCUGCGUUCAACGACACCGGAGACUGGUUGGCUCUCGGAAGUAAAACCCGUGGACAGCUUGUUGUUUGGGAAUGGCAGUCGGAAUCGUUUAUCCUCAAGCAAGAAGGAAGACUCAACAGUUUGAGUGCGUGUGCUUAUUCGGCUGAUGGCCAAUUUCUGGCCACUGGCGGCGAUGAUGCGAAGCUCAAAAUCUGGAAUACUGUCACUGGGUUUUGCGUGGUGACUUUCUCUGAACACACUGCUGGCAUCACUGGACUCGUGUAUGGACCAGGAGGCAGGACAAUUGUUUCGUCUUCUUUGGAUGGAACUGUGCGCGCGUUUGAUACAACCAGGUACCGAAACUUCCGAACGUUGACGACGCCAGUACCUUCGCAAUUCGCCUCCGUCUCUCUGGAUCCUUCCGGGGAGUUCGUUUGCGCUUCCGGUCUGGACAAGUUCGAGGUGUACCUUUGGUCAAUGAAAACUGGGCGUUUGCUGGAAGUACUUGCGGGUCACGAAGCACCUGUGUCUUCAGUAUGCAUCUCUCCGAGUCUCCUGUCCUCUGAUCCGCUUUUGGCCUCGUGUUCUUGGGAUGGAACUUUGAAGUUGUGGAAAUUCCUGGAUUCUUCUGGAGCGUCUGAAACAAUUCGACUCGUUGGUGAAGCGACUUGUUGUGUACUAAGACAUGACGGGAAAGAAGUUGCGGUGGCUACUUUGAACGGCGCCAUUUCUUUCUUCGAUGUGGACACAACGAGACCCACGGGGUCAAUUGAAGGCAAGAAUGAUCUCGGAAGUGGUCAUCGAGAUGCGGAUCGCAUUACAGCGAAGCGACUUGCGGAGACGAAAUGUUUCAAUUCUUUGUGCUACUCAUCGGAUGGGGCUUUCAUUCUUGCUGCGGGUCAGUCAAAGCAUGUAUGUAUUUACCACAUUGCCGAGGGACUGCUGGUCAAGAAAUUUUCCAUCACGCGAAACCGGUCGUUGGAUGCGAUGACGGAUUUUGCCAAUAAGCGGUUGAUGACUGCGUUGGGGAAUAUUGGUCCUAUCGGCAUUCGUGGAGAAGAAGGAGCUGGUAUUGCCCUGCCUGGUGUCAAAGCUGGGGACAUGGCUGCCAGAACUUAUCGACCCGAAGUUCGCGUUUCCUGCGUCCAGUUUUCUCCAAAUGGCCGGAGCUUCGCAGCCACGACCACAGAAGGAAUCGUCAUGUACUCAUUGGACAGGAAUUUAACCUUUGACCCGUACUUGCUGGAAGAGAACAUCACUCCGGCGAGGAUCCGGUCAGCCAUAGAAAACGCAGAAUACGGAGAAGCUCUGGCAUUCGCUUUGCGUCUUAAUGAGGAAAACUGCAUUCUGGAGGCGAUAGAGUCGACACCGGUGGAGGACAUUGGAAUCAUCGCGCCUUCAUUGCCGGUCUUGUACGUGGUGAAAUUGUUGGAGUUUCUAGGACAGCAUUUUGCCGCGACGGCGCACGUCGAGUUUUAUUUGACCUGGAUCCGGACUUUGUUGUGGAGUCAUGCACUGGACCUGAAGCGAUCGCGGUCGUCGAAUGUGAAGCUGCCUGGAAUAAUUCGAAAUUUGAUGCGGAAUUUACAGCUAGCUACUAGUGAUCUCUUUAGAAAGGAAGAAAAUCUUGGAAAAAUUUGCGAUCAUAAUCAGUAUCUCAUGGACUUCAUUAUUCAUGCGAGAAAAACCAAAAUGGCAAAGGAACUAGCUGACGACGUGAAGCCUGAAGAGAAGAGUGUUCAUGUUGCCUCACCUGAAGAUGAAGGCGUGGAUGUUUUGAUGGAUGACGCAUGACCGUGGAAAUAUUUGAAAACCUAAAUGUCUUUUGUUGUCAAUUGAAAGGAACAAAUGAAAGACAUGAGUUUCCGAAUAAUGAA